AGUGUGCUGCACGUUCACACCGUCUGACUGUGAAUGGAAUUGAUUUGCUCGCGCUCGCGCUCUCUAUCAAGUACUUCCGGGUGUCCGCUCUGCGCUCAGGACUUUUCGCAGUUUCUUUUCUCGGCGUGGUCGUGAUUAACGUCAAAAAGAAUGAAGAAGUUAUGUCUUACACGCUGUCUAACACGCCUCAUCGGACUCGUUUAAUACAACUUUGUUUCAAAUGAGCCUCUUUUCCCACUUCUGUGUGUAUAUGAACGGUGAACGCCGAGCGCCGACGCUGUACCAUGUCCAGAUGUUAAUCCACGACCACAUCAGUAAUCGGACAGAGAAAUGAUGUGGCUUGUUAUCUGAAGCAGGUCUCUGUUUGCUCUUCAGUGCGCCAUGAAACACGUCGUUUUUGUUCUGGCAUCAUUAUUUUUGACAGAGUGCUCAAAAAGACCGUCCCCACAUGGCGAAUAUGAUCACUUGAAGUCCUUGCUGUCAGACUUUGAUGUUCUGAAUCUGUCAAGUCUGCAGCAGCACUCUGUGCGUAAGCGAGAUGUACACAGCCAUAUGCAUGCGGAGAGGCUUCUCACCUUCACAGCUUUACACAGGCAUUUCAGGCUCUACCUUACCUCCAAUACCGAACUGUUCACUGAAGACUUCCGCGCUGUGGUGGUGGAGAAAGACGGCACACACAAGAGCUAUGCGGUUCACAGACAGAACUUCUUCACGGGCCACGUCAUUGGGGAGGAGAACUCACGUGUACAGGCACACGUUGAUGACAAUGACCUCACUGCUCGCAUUCUGACUGAUGAGGCUGAGUACAACAUUGAGCCUCUGUGGAGGCUCACUGAAGGCCCGCCAGAUGGCCGUUUGCUGGUGUAUCGAUCGGAGGACAUCCGGAACGUGAGCCGUCUCGCCGCUCCUAAAGUGUGUGGCUACAUCACAGCUGAGGCCAGUCAACUCCUGCCUGAGGAUGUGCGCACAGCCAUGAUAGCACAGGAUAAAGAAGAUGGGGAAGAGCACCUGAGAGUGAGGAGGCAGGCAGUCGAUCACAGGAAGAACACAUGCCCUCUGUUGCUGGUGGCAGAUUAUCGUUUCUACAGACACAUGGGCCGUAAGGAGGAGAGUAUCACCAUCAACUACCUGAUUGAGCUGAUCGACCGGGUGGAUGACAUCUACAGAAACACAUCUUGGGAUGAGGAGUUUAAGGGCUACGGUGUUCAGAUCCAGCAGAUCAUGAUAAACAAAUCCCCCACUAAAGUGGAACCAGGACAAACCCACUACAACAUGAAAGGGAGUCCAGUGAAGAACAAAGAAGUAUGGGAUGUGAAAAGACUUCUGGAGCAAUUCAGCAUUGACAUUGCAGAAAAUGCCUCCCAAGUGUGUUUGGCUCACUUGUUUACUUAUCAGGACUUUGAUGAAGGCACGCUAGGCCUUGCCUACGUCGCCCCCGCCAAAGAGGAGGCCCCUGGAGGAGUCUGUUCCAAAGAGUCCCCUCAGUCAGGAAAUGAUCGCCGGAUUAUAUACCUGAACACAGGCUUAACCAGCACUAAGAAUUAUGGGAAGACUAUUCUGACGAAGGAGGCUGAUUUGGUGACCACUCAUGAGCUCGGGCAUAACUUCGGGGCUGUUCAUGAUCGAGAUGAUGUGCCAUACUGUGCCCCCAGCGAGGACCAUGGGGGAAAAUACGUCAUGUACCCCAUUGCUGUGAGCGGAGAUCAUUCCAAUAACAGGCUGUUUUCCAACUGCAGUAAGAUGUCCAUCGUGAAAAGCUUGAGACACAAGGGCCCGUCAUGUUUUAAGGAGAGAAACAGUAAGGUUUGUGGGAACUCCCGAGUGGAGGAUGGAGAGGACUGUGACCCGGGCCUUGUUCACCUCCACACUGACCCCUGCUGUACCUCAGACUGCAAGCUACGACCCAAAAAGCAGUGCAGUGAUAGAAACAGUGCCUGCUGCAAGAAUUGCAUGUAUGAGAAAUUCGGGAAGUCAUGCCAGGAACCCAUCAAUGCCACCUGUAAAGGAAUGUCCUAUUGCACAGGUAACAGCAGUAAAUGCCCUCCUCCAGAGAACCUGCCUAAUAACACCACUUGUGUGGACAGCGGAAAGUGUAUGAAUGGAGAGUGUAUACCAUUCUGUGAGGCGGUCCCCAAACUGCUUUCCUGUGCCUGCAACGAGACAGAUCGCUCGUGUAUGGUUUGCUGCCGCAGUAAAAGUGGCGCAUGCUCUCCAUACCAGGAUGAGAAAGGAAACUUCCUGUACCUGAGAAAAGGCAAACCUUGCACUGUGGGCUUCUGUGACGGAAAGGGUAAAUGCAUGAAGCAGGUGCAAGAUGUCAUCGAAAGGUUGUGGGAUUUCAUUGACAAGCUAAACAUCAACACAUUCGGGAAAUUCUUAGCUGAUAACAUUGUGGGCUCUGUGGUGGUCUUUUCCCUGCUCUUCUGGAUCCCUCUUAGUAUUCUUGUCCACUGUGUGGAUAAGAAACUUGACCAGCAGUAUGAACUGAACACACGAUCGCUCUUUUACCCCAGUAACGCAGAGUUGCUGAGCAGUCUCGAUUCAGCCUCAGUGCGCAUCUUCAAGCCUCACUCUGCCUCAGCUCUCACUGCUGUCCCACGCUUCCAGAGCAGCACCCCUCCCGCCCCUCUGACUGCCGGCAGCGUAACGUCUUCAACCUCGGGCAUGUUGGCCGGCACGGACCCUCCACGCAUGGACACCAUCCAGGAAGACCCGAGUUUCGACUCCCGCCUGGAUGAGCAGGUCCUGGAAGAGGACUUCACCACUCACACCAAUGCAGCUCGGUCCUUUGCGGACCUGACCGACGCCGCAGAGAACGAUCUGGAGAGAUCAUUCAAGAUGAAGCCACAUGGGCACAGCAUCAGGAAGGAGACAGAGUGCUGAGUGUGUGUGUAAACUGAACUAAUUCUUGUUUUUUUUUUUUUUUUUAACAGAAAGUGGGUGAAAGUAGUGCAAGUGACUGCAUGAACUCCAGAGAUGCAGAAUAAGCAAAGCUUGCAUAAGUAUAAGAGUGGGCUGGAGCUUAUGUAACUCUGUAUUCAGAAAUACAGACGGUAUGGUUUAAAAGCACUUCAAUUUCCUGUCGGGUGAACAGAGUGUGUUGCUUAUGUUUACAUAACGCUCAGUUUAGCACUGACGCCUCACUGAAUACAGGGUGCACAUUCACCAGAAGACUAAUGUAAUGACUUUGCUACACUUCGAGUCACUUGUGGUGUGUGUUUUAACUGUCUAUAUAUUAGCAAAACGAGUUAUUGAGAGCGUUUGAACUUAUCGCAGAAGCGAAUGUUACAUAAGAGGAGAAUUCGAAAAAGGUGUUUAGGUACACACUCAUUGGCCACUUUUUAGUAAAAAACCUGUACACCUGCUCAUUUAUACAGUCAGCUAAGCAGCCAAACACGUGGUAGCAAUGAGUCAAAUUCACAUUAUACAUCAAUCAAAUAGAGAAUGUGAUCUCAAUGAUGUUGACCAUGUUGUAGUUACACCAAAAGGGCAGGUUUGUGUAUUUAAGAAACUGCUGAUUUCUUUAUUUUAAUAGGCAAUUACACAAUAAUAUGCCAGAAGCACAAACAUCUACUGAGGUGGUUCUGUGGGCAGAAGCACUUUGUCGAUGAGAGAGGUUAGACUGGUUAGCGCUGACAGGAAGGCUACUUGUGGUAAAUCUCUUCCUGCGAGCUGCAGAUUCGUGAUCUGGGCUAACAGGAGAGGAAUCCAUUGACCCAGUGUGGUGUUCUGAUCAUCUGUCUUAAGCUUUGACUUGUGAAAUUUGAAAUGCUUUUCUGCUCACCACAGUGGUAAAGAGUGAUUAUUUGAGCCUCCAUUACUGUCAGCUCAAACCAGCCUGACUGUUUUCAUUUGAUGUCUCUUCAUCAAAGCAUGUCUACUUGCAGAGCUUAUAUAUACAACAAAUUCUAGAGAAUUCAGUAGUGUGUGAAAAUGCCAGAUCAGCAGUUUAUGGAAUACUUAAAUGUGCCCGUUCUGGUAUUUGAUGUAAACAAUAACAGAAGCUCUUGGAUUUUGUUGCUGCCACGUGACUGAUUGUUUGGGUAAGUCCAUGAACGUGCAGGGAAACAGGUGCUUCUGUAACUCAUUACACAACUCCCUUAUUUCCACACUCUUUGUGCCUUAUUCGUUAACUUUUAACACACCAAACUUUCAUUCAACCACAAAGAAUUUCUACAAAUUAUACCAAAGUCUUUUCAGCAUUUCUCCCCCAAAUCUAUGCACACCUGACCAGCUUUAGUAUUAAGAGCUUUAAGAGCUUUAAAAGGGAAUGAACAAAAGAAUGAUUUGUUUACAUGCCUGUUUAGCUGUGAGGUUCCAGAAGGGUAUCUUAUAUUUAUAAAGAUGUGCUUUCUGAACUGCAUCCUUCAAGGGUUUCGGUCAUCUAGAUCAUUAAACACCUAAAACGA